AUGUGGACUCACCAGCUCACGGACGUCACAAAGAUCGCACGCUGCACCAGCACGACUUGGUGGAAGCGUGCGUGUUCGUCGCUGGAGGCUCGGCAGGACGAAAAGCAGCCUGAGAAAUUCCGACUUGUUAUUGUAGGCACAGGCUGGGCAGGCUACCAAUUGUUUACGCAGUGCCGUAAGCACCUUGUGGACAUUGAAGAAAACGUUGGUCGGCCCGUCGACCUUGUAGUUGUCUCCAAACGAAAUCACUUCUUGUAUACACCGCUACUGGCUAGUACAACCGUGGGCACGCUCGACUUUCGUUCCAUCAUUGAGCCACUGCGCGACAGCCUUCUUAGUCAAGAGAGUGACUUUCACUUUGCCAGUGUGCAAGACAUUGACCCGGAGAGAAAGAUACUAAAAGUCGCGUCCGCUAUCAGCGCCGAAAGCAGUAAUCGCAAGUAUGACAUCAAAUACGACACCCUAGUGCUGGCAUGCGGCUCGCGUCCUUUGACGUUCGGACUCCCGGGCGUUGAGCAACAUGCAUUUUUCUUAAAAGAAGUGCAUCACGCACAAAAGAUCCGCAAUCGCAUUUUAGAGAACUUUGAGGCGGCAACGCAGCCUGGUGUUACGCCUGAGGAGAAGAAACGACUGCUGCACUUUGUUGUUGUGGGUGGUGGUCCUACGGGAAUCGAAUUUUGCGCAGAGCUGUACGAUCUGGUACAACAAGAUUUGGUACACAAAUACCCACAGACAUCUAAGCAUUUGAACGUGACGCUUGUAGACUCAGGUGAGAUUCUCAACGGGUUUGACAAGCAUUUACGUGCUGUGGCCUUGCUAAAGAUCCAAAAACGGAGCACGAUGAAGAUCAUAAAAAAAAACUGCAUUGAAGUCACUGCAGACGGUAUUACGGUGGAAGGUGGUGAGAAGAUUCGAUCUGGUCUUGUCGUGUGGACUGCCGGAGUAGGUCCAAACGAGCUAACGAAAUCUUUAACAGUCUUUGAAAAGAGUCAACGCGGCAACAUCUUGACGAACCAGUACUGCCAGGUUAUGGGUGCCGCCAACGUCGAAGAUAAGGCUCCGUGGGGAAUGCCACGUCGGUCGAACGUGUUCUCGAUCGGCGACUGCGCCGAAAUCCUGGACUAUCCGCUACCGGCUACGGCCCAAAAAGCACAGUCUCAGGCUAACUACUUAGCAAACCUACUUCGUGGUAAAAAUCCGACUCCAGCCAAGCCAUAUACUUUCCAAAGUAAAGGCAUGAUGGCGUAUCUUGGCUCGUAUGAGGGACUUUUCGAAGCUCAUGCUCGUGAUGAUGACAAGAUAACGCUCAGUGGUUGGAAAGCUUGGUUCUUGUGGCGUAGUGCAUAUCUCACCAAGCUGGGCAGCUGGCGACUUCGUCUGCAGGUGCCUCUCGAUUGGCUUAAGGCGAUGCUCGUAGGACGUGACAUAUCCAAAUUCUAG